GCAGCCACACAAGAGAGAGUUCAUUCGAAAGGGAGCGGUUCUGCUCUCUUAGGAAUGUCGUUCAGUAACUUUUCAAGUUUUCUCACACUGUUGACAAUGUGAGAAGUAAGAUAUUGACGGGAAUUAAUUGCAAGCGGCGCCUCGUUUAAAUAUGUUCUUGUUGAGCUCAACUCAGCGCGUCCAUAUCGGUUUUGACAGCAGCAGCAGCAUAGACGCACACGAAUAAACUUUGCUUGGAAUAAUUCAGGCUAACAAGACCAGUUUUUCUUAUUUGUUUUCCAUCGGGGGAUAUGAUGACACAAACGUUCCUGCUGACUCGCCGGUCUGACAGCCCUGAAAGCUCUGUGGAGGGUUACAGAUAGCUGGAGAGGUUUGGGUUCCAGGCUAGCAGCCAAAAGUUCAUACAGCGGUUCAGCUAACUUCAAGAAGCGCAGUGUACAGUACAGUGGGUGCGGUGUUGAGCCGAGAAAGAAGCAAGCUGACAGAUCGAAGGGCUAUGGCCACCGCCGAUCCUCUUCCCCAGACACUGACGGGCUCAGCAGUAGCCCUGCACACAGCAUUCUGGAGGAGGAUAUUUCCUCGAAGAGAUCCCAGUGGCCCUGGGAAAAUGAAGACCAUUGGCCAUAGAGGCAUCGACCCAACAGGAGAGACCACCUAUAAAAAGACGCCGUCCUCAGCGCUGAGGGGUGCCAUCCAGCUGGGCAUUGCCCACACGGUGGGCAGCCUGACCCAGAAGCCGGAGAGGGACGUGCUCAUGCAGGACUUUGAGGUGGUGGAAAGCAUCAUCUUCCCCAGUGAAGGCACCAAUUUGACCCCUGCUCAUCACUACGUGGACUUCCGGUUUAAGACGUACGCCCCCAUCGCCUUUCGCUACUUCAGGGAUAUGUACGGCAUUCGCCCAGAUGACUACAUGUACUCCCUCUGUAACGAGCCCCUGAUUGAGCUGUCCAGCUCAGGAGCCAGUGGCUCCCUCUUCUACGUCUCCAGUGACGACGAGUUCAUCAUCAAAACCGUGCAGCAUAAGGAGGCAGAGUUCCUGCAGAAACUCCUGCCUGGAUACUUCCUGAACCUGAACCAGAACAAACGGACCCUCCUGCCCAAGUUCUACGGCCUGUACCUCAUCCAGGCGGCUGGCAAGAACAUCCGACUGGUGGUCAUGAACAACCUGCUGCCCCGGGCCGUGCCCAUGCACCUCAAGUUCGACCUGAAGGGCUCCACCUAUAAGCGUCAGGCGUCCUCGCGGGAGCGCGCCAAAUUCUCGCCCACCUUCAAGGACCUGGACUUCCGUCAGGACCUUCCCGAGGGGCUCCUAGUGGACCCAGAGCACUACAACGCCCUCUGCAAGACCAUCCAGAGAGACUGCCUGCUGCUGCAGAGCUUCAAGAUCAUGGACUACAGCCUGCUGGUGGGCAUCCACCGGGUGGAGCAGGGCAGGGGCGAGGAGGUGCCCGCGGCGGCGCCCGAACAGAAAAGGGCGCAGGGCCAGAAGCAGCUGUACUGCACGGCGCUGGAGGCCAUCCAGGGCGAGGCCAUGGGCGCGUGCGCAGACCAGGGACACAACCACAUGGGUGGCAUUCCUGCGCACUCCAAAGGGGAAAGGGUGCUACUCUUCAUUGGAAUCAUUGACAUUCUACAGUCGUACAGAUUCGUGAAGAAGCUGGAACAUUCUUGGAAGGCUCUCGUCCAUGACGGGGAUACGGUGUCGGUGCACAGGCCAGGUUUCUACGCCGACCGCUUCCAGAGGUUCAUGUGCAGCACGGUCUUUAAGAGGAUCCCACGAGAAUUGAAAACCUCACCCUCUAGGAGGAGCCGCGCCGGUCCGCAGAUCCUGCGGCGAGCCAACAUGGCGUCCACAGCCGGCCGCGGGCCCCCGAGCCAGUCCAACCCCAGCCAGCCGCCCCCACCAGCCCAGCCCCCUGACAAGGCCCAGAGCCAGGAGCCCCCGCAGGCCUCGGACCCCCAGACCCCGGACUCCAUGGCAGCCCCUUCAGGCAACCCCUUGGCCCCCAGCAAGGAGACUGACCGAGGCAGUGGCAUGCAGGCGGCCUGCCCAGACCUGCUCCUGAGGACCCCAGGCCAAGAUAACAUCACCAGCACCAGCUGUGCCGCCACCUCCGCUCCUCUCGCACUGGAGGAGAGUCUUGAGCCUCUCCAAGUUGUUUCUUUCCCAACCAGAGACUCGGCUGGUCAGAAACAGUCUGCAACUGUCCCUCUCCCUUUCUGUAUCUCUUGUAGAGUUGCAACAGGUUCCAAGAGAGCAAAGAACACCAUGGCAACGAAGGAUGUGUCCAACCUCCCUGUCCAAUCACUGGGCGAGGGUGAGCCAAGGGUCAGCUGAGGGUGUUCUGUGGUGUUCGACUCCCGGGUGGCGAGGAAUGAAAGAAUGACGCCAUGAUGUAUCCACCUUAUUCAGGAACAAGGAACUCUGAAAGGCUUUAACGGUUUCUCUCUAUGCGCCUCGACAGGGAAAGUGACAUUACCUGCCCGGAGGUCCCUACUCAAAGGAUUAUGUUUGACAGGGGCCAAAAUGCCAGUGUGGACUUUGAAACUGGUAUUCCAAACAGUCUGGAAAAAAACUUACGAUGGUGAAUAUUUGCAGUAUAAGGAAAUGCGAGGAGCAGUUUUUGGAUUAUUUUCCCCCAGAUACCAGAUUGAAAGGUCAGAGUAGUAACCGCAAGAGUGUCUGGUCUGUGCUGAAGAAAUGUCAUGGCGGAAUAGUGCCACUAGAGGGCAGCUUUGUGCAUUAGACCUUUUUAGUCUGUUACAUCUCGCUGUUAUGAAAUACUCCUAAUGCUGUUGUUGUCAAUAUUAUUUGUGUUGUUUUGUUAUUUGUUUGUUUUGAUGUUUGGUCUGCUGGGUAAAAUUGGAGUUUGACCUUCAAGCAAAUGUUUUACUCUUAGGCCCAUUCACACCAAAGAUUCCUGACGCGACGAGACAUACUGUAGUCGCAGUUGCAAGGUUUUAGAACGUCGCGGCACGUCUCGUCAUGAAUCUUUGGUCUGAACCCUACUUUAGAAAGAGAUUGAGGAGAGGUAGUUUUUAAGAAAAAGUGUGAAUUGUACGUUUCUGACCAACAUUAACCCUAUGAAAAGCCCUCCUGUUGUCGCCUCUGCAGCAUGUCAGCACAUUGAGACAGAACACCAUACCUGUCUGCAUCAUCAAAACCACAGUGUGACUUAAAAUCCAAACACAGGCUGUCUGUGAGCCUAAGAGAUAAGACAAGUCACACACUACAUCUCAGCAAAAAAAAAAGAAAAAAGAAAAAAAGAAAAAAGAAAAAAAGAGAGAUCCUGAUCUCACACUGCAGAUGUGCCGAGGGGUGGAAACUCUAAUGGACUUUCAUUGACGUCGCCGAAUAUGUUGCCAAAUCAAGUCUGCAGGGUAUUGACUCAAGUGGGGCUUUCCAUCCGCUGGACUGGGGCUUAUUGGAGUUUACAAGGCAGUCAUGAGAAAAAAAGUAUUUAUACAAAUGUGACAUUAUUGCAUGACCAGUCGUAUACGUUUGUAAUGUGAUCUUUAAUACAAUGGUGUACUUUUGAAAAUGCUGACUUUUUUUGACAAGGUAGCAAAAAGUCUGUUAAGACUUAACUAAAUAUUGUAAAGAGCUCUAUAAAUGAUAGAGUGUCAUACACCAAGGAACCUUUGGUAAUAAGCAAAAGCAUAAAUAAAUGCAUUAGCAUUUAAA